CGGAGGAGGAGCCGCUCCCGCCUCACGUUUCCCGCCCGGGCGGUGCUGAGGCGAGCGAUUCCCACUGCCGGCGCUGCCUCUUCCCUGAGGAGGGCGGGCGGUCUCCGCCUCGGCGGACGGCUCGGUGCUGGGCGGGCGAAUGCCUGCCGUGCCCUCCGAGGAGGGGGCCGCCUGCCGCGACGCCAUGUUCCCAGCAUGGGGGUUUCCAGCAGCGGUCCUUGUGACUUUUGCUAGCAUUUACUUUUUACCAUCUCCCAUUGAUCCAGAACCAUUCACUUUUGAAAAGCCACCGCCUGCCUUAGUUGGAUCGUUGCAAGUAAAUAAAAAGCUUCAGAGUGGACAAAGAAUCUUCACAGGACAACUGAAAGGUCCCGAGUCUUUUACUGUUGAUGAUAAAGGCAAGUAUAUAAUUUCAAAAUGGGUAAAGUUAUACAUCUGAUACAUCUCCUUGGCC